GGCAAGUCCCGCUGGUCUGUCCACCAACUGUCAUCCGAUCCGCAUACCCCUUGUGUGCAAUGCCUCCUACUCCGUGGCACAGGCCCGCCUCAAACCUAGACUCAACUCCUUUGCAAGACCCAAGACCAACCAUCUCUAAACGCCUAGUGCGAAGCUAUAGCAAACCUGCAAAACCUACUCCCUUGUCACAUAAGCAAAUCGAGGAUCUCAUUGCAAAAGCCGACGCGAAGACACAGCGAGUGGACAUCAGCGAGCCAUGGACGGCAGUUCCGAACCCCGUUCCUGAUACUGGAGUCCCCACAACUGCACAGCGUGAAGCGGAAAAUUCUCCGACGACUACAGUGCCAUCUAGUUCCAGCACUGUCUCAACUGAAACACACUCUAGCCUCGUCUUACCCCUUACAACUCUACCCCCGAUCCGCUCUCUGGGUCUUGCUUCGAGUCCGGUCGCUUCCUCGCCCAAUGCUACAUCAAGCGCUGCUUGGAAACAUCGACAGGCAACAGUGCCUUCACAUGGACUCUCUGUCGGCGCCAUCUCUCUGAUCGCUGUUGCCGGAGCGUUUCUUUUUCUCUCACUAUUCGUCUUCAUCAAGUUGUGCUCUCGUCCUGCUCGAAAACCUCGACCGGUACCGUCCAGGCCUAUUCUGGACGCACGUUUCUCCGAGGAGGACGAAAAGGACCUCGGGAAGCCGGAGGAAUCGCCCGUGUUCGGUGGGAAGGAGCGCAUGUCUGAACGACCGGAGAACAGCGGCAUCUGGAACUGGACGCAAUAUCCGACCUCAGGAACCACCAAUGUGACCAGCACCGUUGUGCCUAGUGUCGUGGCCGAAUCCCAACGUAUGAACGAGAAGAAUACGCAUCCCGGGGAUUCUGCAGAGCGAUGUCAGCCUAGCAACUAUCCUCUCCAGGUCCAAAAUGCUUUGAGCCGGGCUGCCAGCCGAUUCUCCGUCUCUUCAGCCUCGAUCUACCCUGCUUCGCAACUGGUGACUUCCUUUACAGCUGAUGGACAUCCCGUUCUCGAACGUAUCAGUUCAGCUAAGGUGCUCAAACGCAGCCGAAGCAGUACGCUUGGGGAUCGUCCCAGGGAGCCCUCGCAAUCCCGGAGCACGCGGUAUUCCACGGGGUUGGCAUAUGACGGGGCGCAAGUCACUUCCCCACGUCUCACAGUCCCCAGUCCGAUCCUUCCCGUGGCUAGCACUCCGGCGGGGCGUACGCCGAUCAAGUCGUCGUACUAUUCGCAUCCACGUUCAUCCUCAAUGCCUCGGAGCAAGGGCCUGGAAGCCGGCCACAGUCACAAACCCAGUACAUCUCGGCCUAUGAAGACGCUGCCUGAUUCACCUGCUACAAUCUAUCCUAGCUCCCCCCAGCUCACGCUAUUCCCAGACGACUCUCUCAGCGUUGUCGCGACGAAAAAACAGCCAUUCAAGAAUGUUCACAAGAAGCCUGCUCCCAGCAGCAACCGAAUGAGCCGGGCCGUGGCCCCUGCCGAAGCUUCGACCGCUCUGGGGAGCCUGAUGCUGGUCGAUUACGAAACUACAGCCAACAAGCGGGCAGAUGACAAGCCACCUCGCGUGCCUUCGCCUCCGCCGUUGCCUUCUCUUGCCCAAAUGGGCUUGGAGCAUGUCAAUCCAGACGCUUACGCCGACUACCGCAGCCCCACAUACAGCAUUUGCAAUUUCUAUGAGAGCGAUAGGAAAAGCCGCAGUAGUUUACACCCCCCAGCCAAGUAGGCACUCAGUAAUGUAUAGUAUAUAGAUGGGCUGUGUGUGUUCCGACAUGUGAUGAUGGUUGAUCGACAAUCUUGGGAUAGAUACACACAUAAAGCGCAGCAACUUUCCUUUCAGCUACGCCCUGUCAUGCCCACUCCCACUCGUCCUGCGACGUCGCUGCUCCUCAACAUAUCCGACAACGCGCGUCCGGACAGCGACAAGGACCAGGACCUGGGCCUAGGCAAUGAUUCCACAGUCGCUGUUCCUGCGCUGUGGGGGAUACCCCUCAAAUACCUAUCCCUGGUGACCCUGGCGGUCCAAAACUCGCUCCUGACUCUGAUAAUGCACUACUCACGGGUGUCCACGCCUUCGUCGGAAGCCUACUCCCCUGCCACGGCAGUACUCAUGAACGAGAUGCUCAAGGGGUCUAUAUCCCUCGUCAUUGCAUUCGCACGGAUAAAAGAACCGUCGUCGGUGUCGUCUGAGGGCCCUGGCUCGGCGUUGGGCUCGCUGGGCGCGCGCUUAAAGCGAUUAGCCGGAGAUGUGUUCAGCGCGGAUUGUUGGAAGUUGUCGAUACCUGCUAUCCUUUACGUCAUCCAGAACAACCUGCAGUUCGUCGCGGUGUCCAACCUGCAGGCCGCCACCUUCCAAGUCAGCUACCAGAUGAAAAUCUUGACGACCGCGGGCUUCUCGGUCCUCCUACUGCGCAAAAAGCUCACGUCGCCGCAAUGGUUCGCGCUGUUCUUCCUGGCUGUCGGUGUCGCCACGGUCCAGAUCCAGGCGGGAGGCGGUGCAGCGUCACAGCCCAAUGGACACGACAUGAACGCGAUGAAGGGGUUCCUGGCCGUUGCUACGGCAUGCACCACGUCCGGACUGGCGGGUGUGUACUUUGAGAUGGUGCUGAAGAACUCGCAGAGCGACCUCUGGGUGCGCAACGUCCAGCUGUCGCUGUUCUCUGUCCUCCCGGCGCUCGCCCCGGUGUUCUAUCUGUACGCGUCGAACCCGCAAGAUGGAAUCAUGUCUACGCUGUUCCACAACUUCGGUGCAUGGGCCUGGGCGACGGUGUCCGUGCAGGUGUUCGGGGGGCUACUGACGGCACUCGUGAUCAAGUACUCGGACAACAUCCUCAAGGGCUUCGCGACCAGUCUGAGCAUCGUCAUCUCCUUCCUCGCAUCGGUCGCGCUGUUCAACUUCGAGAUCACGUUCAGCUUCAUCGUCGGUUCCUUCAUCGUGCUGGUCGCCACGUGGCUAUACAACCACCAGCCGAAGCGGGCGGAGAGUAUUUCUUGGGCCUUGGGUUGGCCGGAAAAGUGGCGAGCAGCCAGCUCGUUGCGGUCUCCGGCUGUGGUACCGAACCAGUCGCUGUUGUCGUCGACCUUCAGUUCGCGGUCGUCGUCAGCUAUCUCUCUGAACACGUUGGGCGGUGGCAGAUCGUCCUUCGAUGACAGCAAGGACUCCUUACUAUUCUCGCGAUAA